UUUUACUAUAAAUAUCCUUAGGUCAGUAACAAAGUGUCUUGUAUCUUAUCAUGUACAUAUGCUAAGCUACAUCCAGCAGGGAGUGUAGAGCACCUCGCGACGCUAUGUCGGGUCACGUACUGGUCUACCUGAUACAAGUCUCCGUUGUGUGUUGCCUAGCAACCGCGGCCUCACGGAUCACGUGCUCCUUCUGCAAGGAUGUUUACAAUUCACAGAUCGACAAAACGUGCGAUGACGACAUCCUCUGUUCCGAAAAUGAGGACUGUUUCGCAGGAAAGUACGUUAACCCACAAGGCGUGACCCAUUACACACUCGGCUGCAAACCUAACCAGUACUGCGAGAUCAUUAAACGGUUCCCGACAGUUGGCAAGCGAGACCUGCACGACAAUGUAUAUUUAUGCCAACAAUGCUGCUCGACAACCAAGUGCAACAGACACCUGUGUCCGUAAUACCUGUGCUUGAAUAACACCUGGAAAAAACAUCUACCUUUUUAUUACAUUUUAAUGCGUU